GCGGACCUUCCAUCCCUCCAAAUCCAUCUGACUUAUUUGUCUGUGACAAUGUCAGUCAACGUGGUCCAGUUUCCGCUGCGAUUGCUACAGUGUUCAGAGAUUUAUUUUUUGGAUGGAGGAAAAAUACCGGUAAACAAUCAGCGGCUUGGAGUAGAAAGAAAGCCAGGAUGAACAUGGAAACCCUGAGCAAGGCAGAGCUGCUGAUGCUGUUCAGUGUCCUUGAGGGUGAACUUGAAGCAAGAGACCUGGUCAUUGAAUCUCUUCGGGCACAGCAAAGGGAAUCGUUCAUCCAGAAGCGCUAUGGGAAAUACAAUGUGAGCGACCCCUUCCUGGCCCUGCAGAGAGACUAUGAGACCAUCCCGAAGGACAGACGAGAAGAGGAGAGAGCAGCCUGCCCUAACCCCCUCUCCGUGCUUAAGCUAGUCAUGUCGCACUGCAAGACCAUGCAGGAGAAGAUGUUGUCUCAGCUGGCUGCUGCAGAGAGCAGGCACAGGAAGGUGAUCGUGGAUCUGGAGGAGGAGAGGCACAGGCACGCUCAGGACUCUGCCGAGGGAGACGAUGUCACUUACAUGCUGGAGAAGGAUCGGGAGCGUCUCCUACAGCAGCUGGACUUUGAGAAGUCGCAGGUAAAGAAGCUCGAAAAGGAGCAGAAGAAACACUGGGUUCAGCUGGAGGAGGAGCGCGCUCAACACAAGCAGCUUUCCAAGGCUUUGACCAAAGAAUGCAAACAAGCAAAAGCCAAAGCAGCAGAGGAAGAGAAGAGAGCCGCGGAGCUGGUACAGGUGCUGGAGCGAGAGAAGAGUACCGUGCACCAGCGAGAGGAAGAGCUGCAGGCAGAGAGGAAGCGAGGCCUGCACAUGGAGGCACAGGCUGAGAAACAGCUGUCGGAGUUCGAUACCGAACGGGAACAGCUGCGAGCCAGACUGAAGAGAGAAGAGAGCAGGACGAGGGGUCUGGAGGAAGAAGUGGAGCAGUUAAAGAAAGCCCUUGCAGAACUACAAUCAGCAGGACAGGCUCUGCAGGAAACUCACAAUCUGGUGUCUGUAGCGACUGGGUUUGACUGUGUUGAUCUGAUCUCUACCACCUGCCAAACCGAAAGCUCCCGAAUGGAAACCACAGGCGGGCCGAGCGAGUCGACAUCACCUGCAGCAACCAAGCCCUCCGCCCUUCCUGAUCCGCACAGCCGUGUGAACGGCCAUUGCAGCUCCGCCACACUGAAAGCCAAUGAUCUACCUGCAGGAAGUGAAACCGAUCCCCAGGACAAAGCGUUUGUAAACCAAGAGAACGGCUUGGAGAAUGGCAGCUCCAGUGGCAUUCAUUCACCAGCGCAGGUGGCUUCACAGCUUCUGAUGAGCGUCUCGCCAAGCAGCACGGCCUCUUCCUCUCUGACCUCAUCUCCAUGUUCCUCUCCGGUGUUAACCAAGCGGCUGGGGGGGAUUCCAGCUGGCAGCCCUGGAUAUCAGUCCUCGUACCAGGCAGGAAUCAACCAGCGCUUCCAUGCAGCUCGUCAUAAGUUCCAAGCUCAGUCUGAACAAGACGGCGCUCCGCAUUCUCCCCGGGAUUUGUCCCCUACCGCUGUGGAUAACACUGCCGCCAAGCAGAUGGCUCGCAAUACAGUGACCCAAGUCUUGUCCAGAUUCACCAACCAAUCGGGCAAACCCACUUCCCCAAACAGCUCGCCGUUCGGCACGGACUAUAGAACCUUGGCCUCCAGCAGCUCUCCCAAGGGAGAGUCGAGUCACUCCAGCCCUUUGAGUCCCCUGUCACCGGGGAUCAAAUCCCCGACUAUACCCAGGUCUGAACGGGGAAACCCACCCCCCAUUCCACCCAAAAAGCCGGGACUUUCCCAGUCGCCAGCGUCUCCAAAUCCCUCGACCAUGUCGUCCAGCCCAACAAGCCAGCUGGUUUCCACCGCAGACUUGCCGAACAGCUGCUGCCUGAACAGCAGCAUGGUGGAGAUGGGCAAAGAUCUUGAUCUAAUGAUGCCAACAAGCAGCUAACUGAACCGCUCGCUCCUAAUCACAGUUAGUUUACAGAAACACUGUUUUACUUGUUAUUUAUUUUUCUAAUAGAUUAAGUGGAUCAUUGUUUUUUUUUUUUUUAGAUUUAUUUUUAUUUCGCUCGUAUUUUACAGCCGUGACUCUUCUUCCUAUGCCUCACCAUAUAAAUGUGAAAGUCGAACACGGACUUGAGUAGUUUUCCAAUUAAAUAAGUGCCUGCCUAUUAUUACUACAAACUGCCACCCGCAAUCCCCGCAUCACUCCAGGUGUUCAUCUAAAUCUCUUUCGAAUGAAACCAAAUGAGAAUGUAUUUAAAACAGACUUUAUAUUGUGCUCCUCCUUCUAUUAACUGUUCUAUACCUGUAGAAGUUGCAAAUACUUGAAGUCAUUUGUAGUUUCAGUACAUAGGACCAAGAUCACUUGACAUUGUCAGUUGUUCAUCUAUUUUUAUGCCAUGUAGUAGAUUUAUUCACUAGCAGAUACACUGAAUUUUUUAUUGUUAGCUAAAAAGCAAAUGAUAAUGGACACCAUUUUGUAAUGUAUCUUUUUUUUUUUAAUAUAAAUAUUUUAUAUAACAUGAAGACACUAGGGGUGAAAAGAGAACCUGAUCUUGUUUUUCAAGCUGCUGUUUGCUGUGUUUUCUGUUCAUGCGCUUCCUGACAUUCGUAAUCUCGCUGAUUUAUACGAAUGAUCUGCGACUCAAAUAGUGACGUUUGCCUUUCAACCCUUUUCAUAUUCCCUUUAUAGCUCACCUGAAUAUCCGCAUGUAAGAAACAGGGUUAUAGAAAUAAGCUUCUGUUGUAAUGGAUGAUUGUCUGUAGACAUGAAAUCAGCCUCUUGACCAAGUGUAACCAUGAACAUGCACUGUACGGUGCACACCUGUACCAGCAUUUAAAUAUUACUCUGCACAGCUGUACCAGCAUUUCAAUAUUACUCUGCAAAAAGUUCUUGGGUUUGGGAUGCAUUGAGGUUGUCGUUUUUCUUUGCUUUUCCACUAAUCGGAAGCCUUUUUCUAAUGGUGCUUAACUGUAUCAGCAAUAAAAUAAGAAACAGAGGAAAGAAAGACGUCGGCCUUGGUAAAGCUCUCUUUUGAGAAGUGCUUUUACUAUGACUCCUGUUUCCUGGGAUCAAUGAAUCGUCAAGACAAUCCACGAUGAAUUCAGGGUAUUAAAUCAGAUUUCUUACAACAGAAAAGGGUUUUUAAUUUGACUGUGCUUGUCUUCAAUGAGCAGCAAGAGCCCUUUUAAAUAAUUUAAAUAAUAGUAUUUAAAUAAUGAGAUGUUUAAAAUGACAAAAGUCCUUUUUUACUGGUUUCUAGUCACACUAUAACCUUCAGCUUGGCUCAGCACUUCCCUUCCUGAAGCAGCAUUUUAAUUUAGACAAUGUGGAUACAUUGGAAACCACUGUAAUUGAAUACUGUAUUAAAAUAUAUGUAACAAAAUAUUACAUAUACUAAAUACAUUUUAUAUGAUAGUUUAAACAGUAAGCUGUUCAAAGCAAAUUUACAGCCUUGAUGUUUUGUAUUCCUUCGCUAAUAAGCUGGAUAAUUACUCUCGAUUCAGGAAUGGUUUCUGACAAGUGAGAAUCCUGACUGUCCAUUCUUUUGUCCCGUACAGUACAACAUACAGAUAAUGUAACACAAUGAAACUUGUCACUCCGUAAUCUGCCCAAACUAACUCAAGGUAGCAGAGCUGGCACUCAGACCACGUGGUAGGGCAGUUUGUAAAGAGCUUCAUUGGAAAUGGGAACCACAGUAUUUUAAGAAUCUAAGUAGCGGCAUAAAACAACCCCACACAUUUAAAUAGCAGCCUUAUUUACAGUACGACUUUCUGCACCCUAAUUAUGCAUUAAACGUGCCCUUUGGCAAUUUAAGAUAUUUGAUCAGUUAACAGCAAUGUACUGCACUCUGAGUCUGGGCUUCGGUGCACAAUUCAGGAGUACAGAGACUUUGUUUUAGUUUUUGAACCAUGUAGCCAAUGCCAGUAGUAUAAGCAAUAUACAUUAUUAAUACAAAACCAGCUCACAUUUUACCAAGUGCUGGUUUGAACCUUCAUACUGCCUGCUGGGUGAGUGGUGUGUUUAAGUCUGAGCACUUUGAAUACAGCUUGCCACACUCAAUUUAAUAGAAGAACAGAUGGUUUGAGUGAUGUCACGUGGUGUUAUUUAGUUAUGAAAUGACAUUAUUACUGGUUAUUUGAAACAGUACUGUAACUAAAGGGUCUUUAGUUACAGGCUUUUUUGUUUUCCUACCAAUAAGAAUAAUUGAAGUCUUCCUGUAACCAGACAGGUCAUUAUAUAUUUUGUAUCCACUUAUAUUAUUAUUUGGCUUUUUUUGUAUAUGGACCAAAAUUGCGUACCUAAAAAUAAAAUGACAUUUUAUAUUUACAUAAUUAUACUAUACACAUACAUACGCACAUAGGACAUGUCAUUAUUCUUCAAGCACUAGAUGCAGUGAUGUGAUUUUCUUUGUUUAUUUGCAAAUGAUUUUACCCAUUAAAUGCUGCUACUAACACUAUGUAUGUAAUACUGCUGAAAGAUCACGAGUUAUGCAACUUCAAGUGCCUUUUGAAUUUGCAUAUUUUAUAGUUUUUAAUGCUCCCUAUAUUUCCAUGUAGAUGCAAUCGGCAAUAAUCAAUAAAAUAUCAAUGUGAAACACACUUGCA